AUGGUGAUCUACACACAAGCUACGAGAGCAGCGCUCGUGAUGCUAACUCUUCCCAUGCUCACUAAUGCUGAACUGACCACAUGUCAGAUAAGUGAUGCGAAUUCGUGUGCCAUUGACUCACUCUCUAUCACUACCAACGAUGGCAGUGUAUCCAUUUACCCUGGUGGCGAUACACGUUGUGCCUUUGACGACUAUAUCGACACCGAGACGACCUUCCAAUCGAACUCGACGUAUUUCUUCCAGGUAUUUCCUGCUGUCAACAAAACCAAGAAGAAAUUGCUUCUAUUCUUCCAAGGAGGUGGAGCGUGCGUUGAUAAAUACACAUGUGACUUCACGUUGCAGUGUCAACUUGGCGACGAUUCUUUGAUCAGUACCAGAGCGACUGUGACGGAAAAGGGAAUUAUGAAUCGGCAACUUGGUGACAAUGUCUUUAAUGACUUCAAUAUUGUGUACUUACCAUAUUGUACAGGCGACUUAUUUGUGGGAAAUAAGUAUCUCGAGCCGUUUGAGAACAUUGAAGUAUUUCACAUCUAG